CCAAAAGAUACUUCGUAAGAACUAGGUAAACCUCAACCUACGAACAAAACUGCUCCCAUCCUUAGCGCCGCUGCUGCUGAACAAUUUCUACGAAGAGGACUUGGACGAAGACGACCCCGAGGCCGCUGCUCCCAUCCUUCUGCCUAAGCGCCUCUGCAGUCUCCUCCUGACGAUUUCGACCGCCAUAGCAGGCCGACAACUUGGACGAAGACGCGGCCGCUGCUCCCUCCGACUUCGACAAAUACUCUGCUGCCGCGGCUCCCUUCGGCUUCGACUCAGUCAGCUCUCUUCCAGGUUCUGAAGAGCUAUUGGAGAUAUGUUUGGGUAAACGAAUGCUGAGUGCAUUAAUCCUUGAAGUAUGGAUCUUUUAUUUGUACAAGCAGUGUGUCCAAAAGAAUAUGAAAAAUACAUAUGGAUUUUUUGACCCUCAUUCCAUCCAAGAAGUGGGAAAUAAACCUGAUGAAGUCCAAACAUACAUAUUGUCUUACCUCGGUGAAGACAAGGAGUGUUAUCUAUUCCCAUAUUACUAUCCCAAUCAUUGGCAGUUGUUUGUGCUAUGUCCUAUGCAGAAUUCAAUUGUCUUUUUGUGCUCCUUGGGAAAUAAGCCAAAGAAAAAUAUAAAAGAGUCUUUUGGAUUUGUCUAUGCAAGCGCAUCAAAUGACUAAAAAUAAAAGGAACUCUAAACCAAAAUGGAUUCAACCAAUGACAUUCAACAAUCAAGAUUCCUUUAGUGAAAAUGACAUUAAUGAGACACGAGAGUGUUGGGCGUCUUUUUUGUGUGAAGCUAUGAGCAUUUGAAGUCAUUUUUGAAGUUAUUAGACUAUCAUUUUGUUGAAGUCAUUUUUAAAGUUAUUAGACUAUCAUUUUGUUGAAGUCAGUAGUAGUAUAUGAUGAUACUAUUGAGUUAGUAAGUAGUAUGAUACUCUCAUUUUGUUGGAGUUUAUAGUCUGAUACUUGAAUGUUGUUGGAGUUGCUAUGAAUUUUGUUGAAGUUUAUGAUACUAUUGUUAAUCUGGAAUUUUGUUGCUGAUUUUGUUUCAAUUGCCAAAAAUGUAUUAGAAAUAUAAUUGUGACAGUACAAUAACUACUAAAUGACAUUAAAUACCAAAAGGCUAAAUGAUGGUUAGCUUGUAGUGAAGAAUUAAUAACGGUUGAAAUGAAUCCGUCAUUGUACAUUCAAUAACAGUUUAAAGCAACCUGACAUUAAAUACAUUGCAUAUUAGUUGUAAUCGAACUGACAUUAAAUGUUAUAAUAACGGUCUGUAUCAAACUGACGUUAAAUGUUUUAAUCACGGUUAUAUAUAACCCGUCAUUAAAAAUUGGACAUUUGAUAACGGUUGUCACACCCGACAUGAAAAGGCAAUACUUUUAAUGAGUAUGGAAAUCAUGUCGGGAACAGAACCGACAUUAAAAGUCCAUUUUAACCGACAUUAAAAGCCAUUUUUCCACUAGUGAGCUCAAUGAACUUUUUGUUCAAAUUCAUGAUUUUGUACUCGUUUUUGUUGAUGUACAUUAGUGUUUAAGAAAAUCGUGGCCAUUUUAUUGCAAAUCAAAGUCAUUGAGAUCGUGGCCAAUAGCUGCCAGCUCUAUACUGCUCGUGAUAUAUAUAUUUCAAAUUUUAUUUCUACCUUGCAAUAAACAUGACCAGGUUCAAUGCCUGUUUAAAGUGGUCAACCUCCGUCCAAGCAGGGAUGUGGUUGUUCUUGUAGCCAUUAUCAUUUUCAUCAGGUUAGAGGUGUAAGACAUGUGACUUGUAGAGAUGGCAAUCUUAUUCCAAGUUACCGGUUGAUGGUUAGCUCAGGCCUUGCAAGUGAACUACGUUUUAUUAUGACCCAAUUUUUACACUCGUUAGUAAUGUAUUUUUUAGAUGUCUUUGAGUAACCUGACAUUUUACACUCUGAAUUCUUAAUCAUUUUCAUUUAGGAUCCAAAUGCAAACAACUUGAUUGCAAGCACAACCUUUUAUUCAGAGUACAUUAGCCAUGCUGUGUUUGGUGAACUUUACAGGAGUUCCACUUUUUAUUUUCUCAAUGUAAAAUAUAUAUUAUUGCUUCAUUGAAGGAUUUUGAAGGUUUUUUUUUCAUGAAAAGCCAUAUUUCAUUAUUUUAUAAUAAUCAUUGUUUGAAUACUUCGUUAUUAGUCAUUAUCUCUAUGUAACUAUUUCUAUAUCUCACAUGAGUUUUGCAGACAUGGAUCAACGCGAAGGGUACAUGAUGAUCUUAUGAAGAUGAUGAUCUUAUGAAGAAGAAUGCCAACUAAUUUAGUCAUAAGUGGAGCUUAUCUAAUCUUAUAGAAUUGGAUGAUCUCAAAUUAGUUUCUCUUAGAUUAGUUAGCAUUGGAAUGUUGGAAUGUGUUGACAUUUGGGUUGUAAAUGUACUGCUUGUUUCUUUUAGAUUAGGUGGCAUUGAGAUUUCCAUAUUGGAGUGUAUAUGACAUUUGGGUUGUUAAUGAUAAUGUUUGUUCUCGGUAAAGGAGCACUUUUCAUUUC